GGAGCGGCAUUUUUACACCCAAUGGCCCAAAGGCGUAUCACUUUGAUAUGGAAAGCCAGAGUGGCAAACUCUUGAUCGCAGAAAUUGAGGCACGUCCCCGUCUUUCUCCCACCUACCCGCCAACUUUCAACUGGAGCUUGCAUGCAUCAGGGCUUCCACAUUUCUCACCAGAGAGCCUAGUAUUUCACAACAGUAUCUAUUUUGAUAAUUUCACCUUUACAGAACUAGCGCAGGAGGCAGGAAACUAUACCGUCUGUCAGAAAAACCUCUGCUGUUAUUUGAACUACAGUAUGGCAGAGAAGCAAGAGGAUGAAGUUUAUGCUUUGGGUGUUUUUGAUGGGCUUCAUGUGAUUGAAGGAGAAUAUUAUUUGCAGAUCUGCACACUCCUGAAGUGUAACAACACAGAUCCUAAGUCAUGUGGCCAGCGAGUUGAUACUGCUGCUACCAGGUUCAACUUCUUUUCCCUCAGUGGCUCAUUUAACACUAAUUAUGUGUUUCCUGAAGUGCUACUCAGCGGGACCCAACUGGCUCCUGGAGAAUUUAAGGUUUUGCCUGAUGGACAGAUGAUAAGUGAGAAAGGCCUGUCAAAACCACUUUUAGUGGCAGCUCUUUUUGGAAGAUGGUAUGAAAAAGACUCUCCACACCCUACCUCCACCACACCAUGAACCAGGCCUUUACUUUCAUGUGAUCAAUAUUAUUCUGUGGUUUGAAAAUAUUAACCCUAGCAUAGAAAUUAUGUCUAUUUUCUAACAAUUCUGGUAGCUAAACAAAAUAACAUUCUUUCUCAGAGAGUCAAGGCCACCGUGUCCUGCAGCUGUUUUGAGGUGACUGGGAGGC